GGCCGAGCCGUGGCUGAGUCGGGGAGACGGGGCGGCGGCGAUCAUGGCGGACGGCGGCUCGGAGCGGGCCGAUGGGCGCAUCGUCAAGAUGGAGGUGGACUACAGUGCCACGGUGGACCAGCGGCUGCCCGAGUGCGAGAAGCUGGCCAAGGAAGGAAGACUUCAAGAAGUCAUUGAGACACUUCUCUCCUUGGAAAAACAGACCCGCACUGCAUCUGAUAUGGUGUCCACAUCCCGCAUCUUAGUUGCAGUGGUGAAGAUGUGCUAUGAAGCUAAAGACUGGGAUCUGCUUAAUGAAAAUAUUAUGCUUUUGUCAAAAAGACGGAGUCAGUUAAAGCAGGCUGUUGCAAAAAUGGUUCAACAGUGCUGCGUUUACGUUGAGGAAAUCACAGACCUUGCAGUCAAACUUCGUUUAAUUGAUACUCUGCGGAUGGUUACAGAAGGAAAGAUUUAUGUUGAAAUUGAGCGUGCUCGACUGACUAAAACGUUGGCAACUAUAAAAGAGCAAAAUGGUGACGUCAAAGAGGCGGCUUCAAUUUUACAAGAGUUACAGGUGGAAACCUAUGGGUCGAUGGAAAAGAAGGAGCGAGUGGAGUUUAUUCUGGAGCAGAUGCGGCUCUGCCUAGCUGUGAAGGAUCACAUCCGCACGCAGAUCAUCAGCAAGAAAGUCAACACCAAGUUUUUCCAGGAAGAAAACACAGAGAAAUUAAAAUUGAAAUACUACAAUUUAAUGAUUCAGUUAGAUCAACAUGAGGGGUCCUAUUUGUCUAUUUGUAAGCACUACAGAGCAAUAUAUGACACUCCCUGUAUACAGGCAGAAAGUGAAAAGUGGCAGCAGGCUCUGAAAAGUGUUGUCCUCUAUGUUAUCUUGGCUCCUUUUGACAAUGAACAGUCAGAUUUGGUUUGCCGAAUUAGUAGUGACAAGAAAUUAGAAGAAAUUCCUAAAUACAAAGAUCUCUUAAAACUUUUUACCACAAUGGAGUUGAUGCGCUGGUCCACACUUGUUGAAGACUACGGAAUGGAAUUAAGGAAAGGUUCACUAGAGAGUCCUGCAACUGAUGUCUUUGGUUAUACAGAGGAUGGCGAAAAAAGGUGGCAAGACUUGAAGAACAGAGUCGUUGAACAUAAUAUCAGGAUAAUGGCCAAGUAUUAUACCAGGAUAACAAUGAAGAGAAUGGCUCAACUUUUGGACCUGUCUGUUGAUGAAUCAGAAGCUUUCUUGUCAAAUCUAGUGGUUAACAAGACCAUCUUUGCUAAAGUGGACAGGUUGGCAGGAGUCAUCAACUUCCAGAGACCUAAGGACCCUAAUAAUUUAUUAAAUGACUGGUCUCAGAAACUGAACUCCUUGAUGUCUCUGGUCAACAAAAGCACACACCUCAUAGCCAAAGAAGAGAUGACACACAAUCUGCAGUGAGGGCUUCGGGCCUGCGGUGCUUUUACAAGAGUUAAAAUUGGGAGAGACUCUGAAUGGCGUCUGUGUCUGGCCUUUGAUUGCUUUGAUUUUUCCUAUUCUCAGCUUCUUACCUAACAUUUAGAAGAUAGUGACUAAGUUUGAGAUGCCCCUUUGACCUUUCAGCCCCAUGAUUUGAUCGUUACCUGCAUUUUCAGUUGAUUUCAAAAAAAUACGACACAUUUCUGUUAUCUGAGUCCUCAGUGUGUCCCAGCUGACCCAAAUACAUUUUUUGUCAUUUGAAACCUUUCUGUUAGUCCUUGUUUUCAUUCAGCUAACAACCAUAAUAAUAAAAGCAGUGUUUGCAUGUUUAUUUUC